CAGCCUCUGCCCCAUUCCAGCUGAAGACCCAGGGGCUGGAAGAAAUCUCACUGCCUGCCUGGAAAGAAGAGGCAGCGACUUGCCCCAGCCCAACCCCAGAGCGGGAACUCUUGGCUAGAGGAAGUGGAGGGGCUGUGGGAUGUGGAGAGCAGGAAGCUAAGCCCGGGACAGCAGGACAAAGAGCUGCCGACAAACAGACGGUAGACAAGCCUGCACCUUCCAGAAUGACCAGUGCUGCCCCUGCUAAGAAACCUUACCGGAAGGCACCUCCAGAGCAUCGAGAGCUGCGCCUGGAAAUCCCUGUGACCCAGCUUGAGCAAGAGGACUCCCUGACUGACGCAGAGAGGAUGAAACUUUUGCAGCAGGAGAAUGAAGAGCUUCGCCGACGCCUGGCCUCGGCCACCAGACGCACUGAGGCCUUGGAGCGGGAGCUGGAGAUAGGGCAUGAGUGCCUGGAACAGGAGUUAGGCCAGAGCCGUGAGGAGCUGGACACAUUUAAAGACAAAUUCCGCAGGCUGCAGAACAGCUACACAGCUUCCCAGCGGACCAACCAGGAGCUCGAGGACAAGCUGCACACACUGAUCAAGAAGGCUGAGAUGGACAGAAAGACGCUGGACUGGGAGAUUGUGGAGCUGACCAACAAGCUGCUGGAUGCCAGGAACACUAUCAAUAAGCUGGAGGAGCUCAAUGAGCGGUACCGACUGGACUGCAACUUGGCUGUGCAGCUGCUCAAGUGCAACAAAUCCCACUUCCGGAAGCACAAAUUUGCAGAUCUACCCUGUGAGCUACAGGACAUGGUUAGGAAACAUCUGCGUGGUGGUCAAGAGGCUGCCAGCCCCAGCCCUCCUUCCAGCCUGGCCGCAGGGGCUGUGGUGCCCACAUCAGUCAUCGCUCGGGUGUUGGAGAAACCGGAGUGUCUGCUGCUCAAUUCAGCCCAGUCAGCCAGUGCUGGACGCCCCUUGGCUGAGGAUGCAUUCGUGCAUGUGGACAUGAGUGGGGAUGCUCCAGGUGACUCAGCCAGCCCCCCAGGCCCUGGCAGUCCCUCUCCACAACGCAAUGGGGACUGCUGCCCUGUGAGUACUGCAGGAUGCUCCCCAGAGGAGGAGCUGCCCCUGCCAGCCUUUGAGAAGUUGAGUCCCUACCCUACCCCAUCUCCGCCUCAUCCAUUGUAUCCUGGCCGGAAGGUAAUAGAGUUUUCUGAGGAUAAGAUUCGAAUCCCUCGCAAUAGCCCCCUACCCAACUGUACUUACGCCACUCGCCAGGCCAUCUCCCUGAGCCUGGUGGAGGAGGGCAAUGAGCGGGUCCACCGCAGCCCAGUGCCUAGCAACCCUGCCUCAGCCCAAGGCUCACCCCACCACCAGCCUAGUCCAGCCCCCGCAGCGCUCAGUGCCCCAGCUAGCUCUGCCAGCUCUGAGGAGGACCUGCUGGCCAGCUGGCAGCGUGCCUUUGUGGACCGCACCCCGCCUCCUGCUGCUGUGGCCCAGCGCACAGCCUUUGGACGAGAUGCUGUCCCUGAGCUACAGCUCCACUUCUCCCCCAGCCACUCUGAGGCCCUGCCUCCUUCCCCGCACCAUGAGAGUGGACUUCUACCAACAGAGCCUGACUCUGGCUUUCCCAGGGAAGAGGAAGAGGAAGUGCUGAACCUGCCUGUCAGCCCCGAGGAAGAGCGCCAGAGCCUGCUGCCUGCUCAUGAGGGCACAGAGGAAGGACCCAGUGCUUCCCAUGUUGAUGGCAGGGCCUGGCCACUCCCCAGUUCCAGUCGCCCCCAGCGCAGCCCCAAGAGAAUGGGAGUACACCACCUGCUCCGCAAGGACAGCCUAACGCAGGCGCAGGAACAGGGAACCCUACUCAGCUGAGCCCACCUGCCUUCCUGAUAUCACCCGUCCUGAACCCUGCUCAGACCCGGGGGGCCGUUUCCUAUGCGAGUGGGGUCCACACCAAACCUUGCAGCUGCUUUGGCACUGACUGGCUUUUUUCUUUUCCUCUUGAAAUGCUUAUUCUCCAAAGGUAGUAAGUCAUUUGAGUGCCGGGCUCUGUCCUCCAGUCAGUCAGUCCAGGUGUGAUCAUGGGGAAAGGCCCGGUUUGCCAGUGUUCAUAUCCCAUUCAUUGAUGCUACUGACCCGAUUACUCUUUUUCCUCUGCACGAGCUACUCUUAGGCCUGGCCCAGCUGGCCUAGGGACAAGGGUGGACUUACUCAGGCAAGGCUCCCCUCAGCUGUUCCCAUCCUCCUCUCCAGAGGAUGGGACUUCAGGGGCCUCAGGCUAGGCUCCAGGUGAGGCCUGGCCCCCUCUUAACCUUGGCUCUAGACUGUUACUCCCAGAUUUGGGGAAUUUUCACAUUAAUGACUUUUAAUAUCAAAUAAAACUUAUUUUACAGGUA